AUGACAGCAGCCAGAUUCGGCCAGAAGUUCAACAACUUCAACAUCAUCCAAGCCAUCUACAAAACAGUCGAUGGCCAUGACAUACGGGCAGAUAUUCUAGCCCCAGAAUCGCUAGACAAAUCAAAAGGCCAUCCCAUCAUUGCAAGGUUCCACGGUGGAGGGCUAUCAAGAGGCGACUCAAUCUAUGCAGACUGGUUUCCAAAAUGGCUACUAGAACUAGCAGAAACGCACAAUGCAGUGAUCGUAUCACCGAACUACCGGUUCCUCCCCGAAGCAACAGGCGUCCAGAUCCUAGAAGACGUCGAUGAUUUCUGGACAUGGCUCCAUUCCAAAGCCCUAACGGAGAUCCUUUCUCCACACCAGAUCGACCCCGACCUUGAUCGCGUCAUCGCGGCCGGAGACUCCGCAGGCGGACUGCUGAGUAUCUACCUCACUCUUUCGUAUCCGGACCAGCUGCGCGCUGGCACGGCCACUUAUCCAAUGCUCAGCUGGGAUCCGCCUAGUUUGUUCCCUCCUAAUGUAUCUCCCGAGAACGCAGAGGUUCCCUCGUCGUAUAUCGAUGGGUAUCUUGCGGGUCUCCCGGCUGGGUAUGUGGAAUCGUCUGAUUUGGAUGUUCGACGUGCUACUCUGCAGUUUGCAAUUUCUUGUCAUCGGCGCGGUCCGGAAUUUUACACUCGGGGCUCGGAGGGCUCGCUUUAUCAGGAGAAGUUGUUCCAGCUGCAGCGGCUGGAGUAUCCCGAUACAAGACUGCCGCGUGGCGGGUUGACUAUUAUUCAUGGCACUGAUGAUGAUGAUGUUCUUGCAGACGUUAGUGAGCGGUUCGUUAACAAGGCGAAGGUUACUCUGAAGGGGAGACAGGGUGUUGAUAAUUUGGUUCUGUGUCUUCGGCCUGGUGGACAUGGGUUUGAUGUUGAUACUUCUUUUAAGGAGCAGUGGUUGGUUGAUGCUUUGCGUGUCGCUAUUGAUACGUGGUUAGACUAG